GGAAGUCACUCUCUUAAACUCUCUCAGUUGCUGUUGGAUGUCGAGACAAGAUGAUCCUGAUUCUGCAGCUGCUGCUCGCUCUGAGUCUGAGAGCAGAUGGAUAUAAUCACUACAGAGUGAAAGACUGUGUCUCCAGUUCAUCAGAUCUCUCAGAUUUGGAAUUCAUUGAUACAAUUUAUUUUAAUAAGGACCCAUAUAUACGAUUUAACAGCACGGUGGGGGAGUUUGUAGGGUUCACUGAGCUCGGAGUGAAGAAUGCAGAGCGCUGGAACAAGGGACCUGAAGUAGUGCAGGAGAGAGCUGAAGUGGAUAGAUACUGCAGACACAAUCUACCACUAUACUACUCUCAUAUUCUGGAUAAAGCAGUGAAGCCGAAAAUCCGCCUCAGGUUAGAAAAGCAUGCCAGUAGUAGUCAUCCAGCCAUGCUGAUGUGCAGCGCAUAUGGCUACUACCCCCCAGCCAUCUAUGUGUACUGGCUGAGAGACGGUAAAAAGGUGACCGGUGAUGUGGUGUCCACUGAGGAGAUGCGUGAUGGAAACUGGUACUACCAGAUCCACUCCCACCUGGAGUACACGCCCACAUCUGGAGAGAAGAUCUCCUGUGUGGUGGAGCACGACAGCUCCAAGGAGCCCAUCAUCAUUGACUGGGAGGGUUCUUUCACUGAUUCUGAUAUGAACAAGAUUAUCGUCGGAGCUUCAGGGUUUGUGUUGGGGAUCAUCCUGUCCACUGCUGGAUUCAUCUACUACAAGAAGACAUCUCCAGAAUUCCUAUGAAGUACUGGUUCUUCUGAUGAUAGAGGAGUCAUCUUUAAUGUCAAGUGGUGAAGGACUAAAGUCUAUAUCACAGCUUUAAUUACCUGCACAGUGUUUAAAGAAUUCAUUUUAAAUAUGUUUUAUUUUUAACAAUCCUUUAUAGGACUGAACCUCACUGUUUGCUUAAGCAUAUUCGGGGCCUCUUUCAAGUGAAUCUCCCUGUACAUACUCAAAUCUCAAAUAUUCUAUUCGUAUACUAAAAAAAUAUUACAAUGAAACAAAAAAUAGACCUGUGUAGUAUCAGACCCAGGUUCAUGUUAAUGUUCCCUCUUAAGGUUUAGGUUUUGGUUUGGACAAAAAGGUCACAGAAAAAUGCAGGCACACGUACAUCACUACACCAACAGAGAAACAAAAAAGGUCCAAAGGUCCAGGGUGGGUUAUCCAGGAUACCUCUUUAAAAGGCUAAUAUAAAGUCCUCGCUAUUUCAGUAGCAGUUUUAGCUUUAUUAUCACUGCAGCAGCCGGGAUUUUAGUGAUGUUUUGAUUAAUAUGUCUAACAUUGCUGAAUUAUCUGUAAACUGACUGUUGAUUUUGUGUGUAUUUUUCUGCUACUAAUAAACACAUUUCUUAAAGA